UGUUGAGUAAUUUCAAAAGAGAGGUAUCAUAUAAUUUCAUGCAAACCAACAAUCUCGAUGAUGAUCAAAUCACUGACAACAUCAUUGGUGUCCUCUUUGCUGCUCGUGACACCAGCGCAAGUGUUCUAACAUGGAUUGUCAAGUUCCUCAGCGAAAACCACACCAUCCUCCAAGCAGUAACAUCAUGUUGUCUUAGCCUUCUUCAUUUGUCAGGCUAUCUGAUACCAAAAGGAUGGAAGGCCCUGCCAUUGUUUAGAAAUAUUCAUCACAGUGAAGAAUACUUCCAUCACCCUGACAAGUUUGAUCCUUCAAGAUUUGAUGUUGCUCCAAAGCCUAACACUUUCCUGCUGUUCGGGAGUGGGACCUACUCAUGCCCUGGGAAUGAGCUAGCAAAGCUGGAGAUGCUUGUUCUCCUCCAUCACCUGACAACAAAAUACAGAUGGACAGUAUCAGGUCCUGGAAGAGAAAUUCAGUUCUCGCCUUUUGCGCUACCUUGGGAUGGAUUGCCCGUCACAUUCACCUGA